AGCUGUUUCACUAUGUUGGUUUACUGUGUUGUGGUUUGAUGUGAUUUAAUUAUGGUGAUUUGUGGAAACAUUCUGGCACGGAGCAACUACGAACAUUUCGUAUUGAGUUGCGGGCUGAGCAAUGACUGCGAAGUGCAAAUGGACAUUGAGAGGUGGAAGGAGUUCGUCCUGCACAUUAAGCGGCAUCGAGAUGAGGACCAAGGGAGUGAUAGCGACUUCGAUGCCAGUGCAAGCAGCGACAAUUUCCUAACAGAGACAAAGCCUGACCUGUCUGAUGUGAAGGAUGCCGAAGAUUGUUUGGCCGAGGGAAUGAUUGUGGAUCUUCCCAUGUCAUCCGAUGAGGAGGAUGCCGAUGAAGAAGACUGCCCUACAAUCCCGGUAGCAUGCGAAUUGGAAGGAGCACAGACAGCAGACUUCUCGCCCAUAGUAAAGUUUAAUCCAACCUUCUACCGCCGAAGUCCGCGAAUAACUCAAUUCAUCGAACUCUAUAAAGAACAUCCGUGCCUGUGGGAUCCUUCAGAUGCGUCCUAUAAAAACAAAGACAAGCGCACAGAUGCAUACGAGUCAUUGAUGGAUAAGUUGAAAACUUCUGUCAACAUUCAUCUGACCAUCUAUAGGCUGAAGAAGUCCAUAGCCAGCCUGCACUCUCAAUACGCAGCAAUAACGCGGCAAAAAAAGAUACAAAAACUGACCAAGGUCCCGCUGUACUAUCAUGCCAAGUACAACUUUCUAGCGAAACGAGGAAUUGUGGAGGAAGGUGACAGCGAUGAUGAUGGCGGCGAUGGUAAAAUAAAGCUCACCUUUACAGAGGAAAAUCUGUUGACGAGUCUGUUUAUUAAACUAUAUUCCAAAUUUCCCCAUCUGUACGAUCCGGCGAACAAGAACUUCUCGAACCUAAGUGAGCGCAAAAAUGCUUACAUAGAAAUGACUGAUGUUCUCUCCUCAGAAGUUCCACUGGGAGUGAUCACCCACUACGACGUCUACGACAGUAUUCUAAGUCUACGCCAGUGGUAUUCUCGAAAAAUGAAGACUCUCACUGAGGUUCAGACGGUCGGCCUGUCAACGGCUGAGAAAGAGUAUAUCGAGAAGUGUCAGAGCUUUAUGCCCACGAAGACGUUCCGCCAGAAAUUACAAUGCACACUUUGCCAGAAAAGUUUCAGCACUGACCAUGCGUUGCAGGCGCAUCAGUUCAAAGAUCACAAGCUGGGCGAUGGUGGCUGGUUUAAAUGCCCAUUGUGUGAGCUGAACUUCGAGCGGCGGUGCCAUCUGCAGCAGCAUAACCAACGUGUUCACAUGAGCAAAACGUUCACCUGCCACAUUUGUAGUCGAAGCUUCGCCUUUGCCAGCCAACUGGCCACACACAAGCGCUCGCAUGAUGAAAAACAUGUGGCCAAGCCGUACAUCUGCGAAUUCUGUGGAAAAUCGUUCAGGCAGAAGAUUCAGCUGAGCACCCAUGUAACCGCCGUGCACACCAAAAUUCGUGCAUUCAAAUGCACAAUGUGCCCCAAAGACUUUUUUACUAAGCGCGAUCUCAAGGAUCACGUUAAGGCGCACCUAAAUAUACGCGACAAGGUGUGCGAUGUCUGCCAGAAAGCCUUCACCAACGCCAACGCCCUGGUCAAACAUCGGCACGUACACCGGGAGAAGACCCUUCAGUGCACCCUCUGCAGCACCCGUUUUUCCGAGCGGGUUAGCUUGGGUGUUCACAUGAGGCGCACCCAUAAGAUUAUUAAAAACACUUUGAAAGGCGCUGAGACUACCAACGACGUCCUUCUUAGAAACACAUUCCCACAAUCUCGCGAGAUUUCAGACAAAUAAAAUACAUUUUUAAACUGCAA